AUGGUUGGACUCCUUGUGGCAUCUCCAAUCUUUGCAUCUCUAACUAAGAGGGUCAAUCCAUUUAGGCUUAUUGGAGUUGGUUUGUCUGUCUGGACCAUUGCUGCUGCUGGUUGUGGUUUUUCGAAAGACUUUUGGUCCAUUGCAAUUUUUCGCAUGCUAGUGGGUGUCGGCGAGGCUUCUUUUAUUAGUCUUGCAGCUCCAUUCAUUGAUGAUAAUGCCCCACCUGCUAAGAAAACAUUGUGGCUGGGAGCAUUUUACAUGUGUAUACCGACGGGUGUUGCAGUUGGUUACGUUUAUGGUGGAUUGGUUGGGGGUUACAAGUGGCGUUUGGCAUUUUGGGUGGAGGCCAUUUUGAUGCUUCCUUUUGCUAUAUUAGGCUUUGUGAUGAAACCUUUGCAGUUGAAAGGUUUCUCUCCUGUUGGAUUUAAAAAAGCAUUGGUAUCUGCAGAAGAUGGGUCAGAAAAUCAAGGAGGUGAACUGUCCACAAGAGAAGCGGUUGCUGAUCAAAGUUCAAAACCUUUAAGGUCAAUGGAUGCAAGUGAUGCAUGUAUCGUCAUAAGAUUUUUGAAGGAUAUGAAGAUUCUUUUGCUUAAUAAAGUUUUUGUUGUGAAUAUUUUAGGUUAUAUUGCCUAUAAUUUCGUCGUAGGUGCAUAUUCCUAUUGGGGACCCAAGGCGGGUUAUAAUAUAUAUCACAUGAAAAAUGCGGAUUAUAUUUUUGGAGCGAUUACAGUAGUUUGUGGAAUAUUGGGAUCGCUAGCAGGUGGUUUUGCUCUUGAUUAUAUGACGUCCACAAUUUCCAAUGCUUUUAAGCUUCUGUCAGUGGCAACACUAUUUGGAGCAAUAUUUUGCAUUGUCGCAUUUUGCUUUAAGAGCCUAAUUGCUUACAUAAUUAUUUUUGCAAUAGGAGAACUGCUAAUAUUUGCCGCCCAGGCCCCUGUAAAUUUUGUUUGUCUACAUUGUGUCACGCCUAGUUUGAGACCAUUAUCCAUGGCCAUGUCUACCGUCUCCAUUCACAUUUUUGGUGACGUGCCUUCCGCUCCUCUCAUUGGGCUUCUCCAGGAUCAUCUUAACAAUUGGAGGAAAACUGCUCUUAUUCUUACAUCCAUUCUGUUCUUGGCUGCCGUAAUAUGGUUUGCAGGUAUUUUUCUUCACACAGUAGAUAGGUUUAAUGAAGGGAGUGAGAAUCCAGUUAAUACUAUUGAAAAUUCAAGCACGACUCCACAGGAAGUGAAGAAGACCGAAACAGCGUAA